AGAAUAACUGAUAACACCAUGUACCAGCGAAGAAAGCAGCUUUCGUGAUUGCGACUGGCUCAACAUUUCUGAAGCGAUAUGCGUCCUCCGAAAUGCUGGGGUCUCCUGAAUGCCCUUGUUCCGGACAGGAUCCCUGCUGAUAUCCCUCUGAUCGGUGUGCAAUGCGAGUGUUUGCUGCUCAACAAUCUAGUCGAAGUUACUAUCAAACAGCGAUAUAAGAAUACAUCUGCCAAUCCCAUCCAAGCGAUCUAUGUUUUCCCCGUGGACGAUGAGGCUGCUGUCAACGGAUUUACUGCACAUCUUGGCCAGCGUACCGUUCGUGGAGUGAUUGAGGAGCGCAAAGAGGCACGCCAAGCUUAUGAUGCGGCGUUGGCGGAGGGUCAUGGAGCUGCUCUCUUAGAAGCUGCUGGAUCUGGUGCGUUGAAGGUCCAGUUGGGAAACCUGGAGGCUGGCAACGAAGCUGAGAUCUGCAUCGUGUAUAGCAGCUUGUGCAGUAUCGAGGAGAAUGCAGUUGUGCUCCGUAUUCCCACAACUAUCAAAGAACGGUACAUGCCGGCAUCAGCUUGGGAGACUUUGCAAACGGAAUGUCAGCCAACAUACCGGCGUAGUGGUGUAGACUAUGGUUUGAGUUUGCAUGUAGACAUGCACAUGCCAAGUAAGAUAGUGAGUGUGUCCUCGUCCACACAUCCACUGAAUGUUAGGAAUGAUGCUGAGGAUGUGCAUCACUGCACUGCCAAGUUGGGAGUGGAGAAAGUGGCCAUGGAUGGUGACGUGAUUAUCCGAGUGGAGCAUUCUGACUUGCACAAGCCUGCUGUAGUUUUGUCCAGUCAGGCUGAUGUUGACCAAGGCAGCGCCGCGCUAAUGCUGACAUUCAUGCCAGAGUUUGAGGAUUCCAUGAGCGAGCAAGCUGAGGACCUGGAGUUUGUUUUCUUGGUGGAUCGCAGUGGAUCGAUGGGGUAUGGAGGAGGAGCAUCAACUCCUAUCAGGCAAUGUCGAGAUGCUCUUCAGCUUUUCCUGAGAAGUUUGCCCGAAGGCUGUGCAUUCAAUAUCGUUGGCUUUGGUAGUCGCUAUGAGAAACUGUUUGAAGAAAGUCUCGUGUACGACUCCAAGAGUCUAGCAGACGCAGCCACCUACGUCUCAAAACUGGACAGCAACAUGGGAGGUACGGAAAUUCUCACUCCAUUAAGGGACAUCCUGACAAGAACAAGCUCCACGCCCAGUCAUGGGUUAUUGUCCAAAAUGAGGGGUGCAAGUAAAGAUGAACAUCAACAUCGCAAGCUGUUCUUACUAACGGAUGGUUCUGUGGGUAACACUGCCGAGAUUAUUCAUACUGUCAAGGACCAUGCUCAGAGUACACGGGUAUUCACAUUUGGUGUCGGCGAUGGAGCUGCUACUGACCUUGUUCGUGGUGUGGCUCGUGCUGGUCGAGGAGAAGCCUGCUUCAUUCGCAACGGAGAGCCCAUCGAUGAGAAAGUUAUCAGUCAGCUGUCAAAGUCCAUGGAGCCAACACUGGAAGAGCUGGACAUAGACUGGGGAAUACUGCAGGUGAAAGAGCAGUCUCCAGCCAAGAAGGAUCUUGCACCAAUCUUCAACAACACACCAUACAUUGUGUUUGCACUUCUUUCCAAGGACAGUCAACACCAAGGUCAAGUCACAUUGAAAGGCAAGAUGAGCAAGAAAGCGGUCACGUUCACCGUGGAUGUGACGCCAUGGACAACAAGUCGAACGGAUUGCCGCAUACUUCACAGCCUUGCAGCAAAGCGCGUGAUUCGAGACUUGGAAGAGAAAGACGGGCAGAGCAACAAGGACAUUAUCUUAGCCCUGGCUUUAAGGUACGAGGUUGUGUCAUCGCAAACAUCAUUUCUUGCUAUUGAGGAACGUGAGGAGAUGAAGGAAGGUGUGAUGACUACUGUCAGGGUACCACUCUCCCCCAUCAAGGCCAUGCCUGUUCAGGAGCAAGCGCAAUACUCGGCCAGGAGGUCACUUCAUGCUGCACGUCAUCGUGCAGCACCUUCAGGACGAUCACGAGGUGGCAUGCAGGCACACUCGGUAUCAACGCCCCCGCGGCGGGCAUUAUGUACUCCAACUGCGUCUAUAACGUUAGGUGCAGUGGAAACAUAUAGUGCGGCAGAAGAGGAGAAAGCGCAACCGAUCACUAGCUACCACUCUGCGCCGAGGAAUGUGCGGAUGAGUGCGGCAAUGAGUGCGCCAAGGAGUGCUACAAAGAGGAAGAAGCGGAUGGAUACUGGGAGGAGUUGCUCUGCAGCUCCUGCUAUGGAGAAGCCCACUCUGUCAGCUGAUCACCAAUCGGCAGAUCCACUGCAAACGAUUGCAUCACUCCAACACGUUAGUGGCUACUGGCUACUUGACGAUAAGCUGUUGGCCACGGUUGGACUGUCGAAGAGUGAUGUCAUGGCUGCAAAACCCAGUACACUGUCUUCGUCAUCAUCAUCAGCUGAACUCACCUCUAACGUAUGGGCCACUGCUGUUGCACUGGCAUAUCUACACGUGAAGUGCAGUAGCAAGGCAGCUGCAUUUUCGCUCAUGGAGAAGAAGGCGAAGAAAUGGAUGGCAGGUCAAAUAUCAGAGUCGUCGCCCGCAGUCGCUGAACUGAUUGCCACUGCAAAGUCACUGUUCUAGAUGAGGAGUCAUAUAAAUGGCUUUUUUCAGGCUCUGCCAACUACACUUUGCGCUAUCCCCUCCCCGGUCCAUAGCCGGAGAUAUCCUAGCGAUUCAUUAGUGAGAUAUGACAUACUUCUGCUACGAUAGAGUAUGAGUCGUGUGAGGCACCCC